AUGUUGCCUCCAUUCGAUUACUUCACCUACCGGCAAAUUCGGGCCCAAAAACAACAGCAGCGGAGGGACCGAUUCGCCAACCUCCCCACCCCCUACCACCUCCACAUCACCAAGUCCGACAAGGCAGACAUCCUCGACAAACCCAUCGAGGAGCUCGUCCAGGACAUCCACAACUCCACCAUCGAGCCCGUCAAUGUCCUCCGCGCCUACGGUAAGGUCGCCAAGCGCGCGCAGGAGCGCACCAACUGCAUUACCGAGCUGUUGAUCCCCGAGGCGGAGACCUGGUUGCAGUCCGAGAUUAACCUCAAGGGCCCGUUGGCGGGUAUCCCCGUCUCGCUGAAGGACUCGGUGCAUGUCAAGGGGUUUGACACCACUCUCGGCUACUCGACCAAGGCCAAUCAGCCGCUCUCGGAAGAUGGACCCAUGACCAAGCUCUUGAAGGAUGCCGGUGCCGUGCCAUACGCCAAGACGGCUCUCCCCAUCACUCUCUUGUCGUUCGAGUCGGCCAACGGCCUCUGGGGCCACUGUCUCAACCCGCAUUCCCCUGGCUAUUCGCCCGGUGGCUCGACCGGUGGUGAGGCCGCGUUGCUGGCGCAGGGUGGUCGUAUCGGCAUUGGCUCUGAUGUCGCGGGAUCGGUGCGCGUACCCGCUGCGUGGAGCGGUAUCUAUUCCCUCCGCUGCAGCACCGGGCGCUGGCCCAAGGUCGGCGUGAGCACCAGCAUGGCCGGCCAGGAGGGCAUUCCCAGUGUGUUCAGUCCGAUGGCUCGCACUUUGAAUGACCUGACCUACUUCACCCGCGCCAUUGUCGGAAUGGAACCGUGGAAGUACGAUUACACGGUUCAUCCCAUCUCCUGGCGGGAGAACCUGGCGGCCAACGCGCAGGGCCGGCCGCUUCGCAUAGGUUUGAUGAGCAGCGAUGGCGUGGUGCCUCCCACUCCGGCCAUUGAACGGGCGGUCUCCACCACCGUGGCUGCCCUAACCGCCGCGGGACAUACCAUCAAGGAGAUUGCGCCUCCCAAGGGAGCGGACCCUUUCACAGGCCUGAAUCUGGCUUCGCAACUGCUCAACGCAGACGGUUGCCAUCACUUCAACGCACCCCUGCGCAGCUUCGAGCCGUCGGACCCCGGCGCCAACCAGCUUAGCCGUGUCGCCCACCUCCCGCGCCCGGUGCGAUAUUUGUACUACCUGUAUGUGCGUUACAUCCGGCGGGACAAGGUGCUGGCGACAUUGCUCCGCGACUUCGGGCCCAAGUCCGCCGCCGAGCUGUGGCCGCUGACGGCUCAACGUGAGACCUUCCGCGCCACCUGGCACCAGUGGUGGGAUGCCGAGGAGCAGCAGUUCGACUUUAUCCUGUGUCCCGUCAACGCGACUCCCGCGCUGCCGCACAAGGCGAUGCAUGACGCUGUCUCGUCGUGUGGCUAUACUUUCCUCUGGAAUCUGCUGGAUUACUCGGCCGGAGUCUUGCCGGUCGGCCAUGUCGACCCUAUCCGCGACGCCCUGGUUGGUCCGUACAAGAAGAUGCUUAAGAAUCUGGGCUGUGAUCAUGCCAUCGCCCGCGGGGCGUGGAAGCACUAUGACUCGCGGCUGAUGGCGGGUCUGCCGACCGCAGUGCAGGUGGUUGGGCGGCGCUGGCAGGAGGAGCAGGUGCUGGGAUAUAUGGCUGUAGUGGAAAAGGCAUUGGAGGCGUACCAGGACCCGACGACGGGGGAGAGCAGUCGGUAUAGCCUGUUGGAGAUUGACUAG